AGUUGUCAGUUUAUGAUGGUAUCGACGCUAAUUUCUGUGAAUAUUUUGUUUGUUUAUUCGUUUAGCAGUAAGUUAAAGUAAUUAGUAAAUAGAACUUCGAUGAAAAGGCAUAUCAAUGAUUAAAAGUUAUAUUGAAAGCCUCCUGCCAAAACUCCAAACCUCCUUGAAAGCCAUCAAGACCAAGUUCACAGUUUAAUUUUUACAAGAUGAUAAUGCACCGGUGAUGUCUUCCGUGCACUGCGUGGUGGUGUGGGAGUGGCAGCACGAAGGCCAGUGGCUGCCGCACUCCCCGGGUGUAGCGAGGACCCUAGAACGAGCACAUGCUAAGAAACUGACGAGGGUGGUGCUGGCUGAUGCUGAACCGGCGCUCAAGGGACAUUACGUGAACUUGCGCACGUUGACGCAGUGCUCGGAGACUUCGGGAGUAUCAGAAUGCCGCGUGCGUCGUUCGUGCUACAGCGUGCAGUCGCCGGGCGGGCGCGGCGUGCGGUGGGAGUGGGCGCGGCUCGCGGACCCGCCGCGAGCCGCUGAACUACGAUAUGAUCCGUUGCCGAUGGAGAUCCAAUGCCAUCUAGAAGAAGCAUGGGACCGCGGGAUCGACGCUGUCACGUUCGAGGGCUGGUCAGCGUCGCUGUGCAACAUGACAGCGCAGCGGCACACGACAGCGGGCUCAGCGCUGAGACUGCUGAGACGCGCUGCCCACCCCCCCUACCCGCUGACCAGGUCUCCGCCCGUGCCGCCGGUGUUGCCAGAUCGGCCGAUUGUUGAUGGCCGUCGACCGCGCAUACCACAACAGCACACAGGCUCGAGCGUACACUCGGUACAAUCAGUACAAUCCGUACACUCGGUACAAUCCAUACAGUCCGUACAGUCCGUACAAUCGGUACAGUCAGCGAAAUCGGUCAAGUCCGCGCCGGCUGGGGGAGCGCGGGAGGCGAGGGGAGGGGCGAGGAGUGCGUCCCCUAGGGAGAGGAAACCGGGCCUGGCUAGACAGAUACUGCACAAUUUGAACAUUUUUGGUAACAAAGCCGCGGAGCGUUCGGGCGCGGACUCGUCGGAGGGCGGGUCGUGGUCGGACGGGCGGCACACGGACACCGAGUGCGGGUCGCGCUGCGGCCGCCGGCACAGCGUCGACACCGUCUCCACUUACCUCAGCCACGAGACGCAGGACGGACAGCAAGCGUCUGUGGGCGAGUUGCUGAAUUGCAGCAUGGGCAGUGAUGACGUCUUCGAGUCGACACUCACACUAGCACAAGACAGUUCUAAUAAUAAUACAGAACCUCUCCAAAAGCCGCGCUGCGUCGGCAUAUCGUCCGACGAGUGGGCGGUAUGGUCUAGCGUGUUACCCGUCGCGUGGCUCGACGACACCGGGGGCUGGUGUCCAGCAUGCGGGGGGGAGUUAGCGGGGAGGGGGGCGCGGGGGGAGGGGGGAGAACCCGCGGGGGUCGUGGCUCUGGCGGAAUGUAGACAUGCUAUACAUUUGAGGUGUCUACAGGCCCAUUUGCAGAAGAUAAGGGAUACCGAGGGUGUCACCUACAUCGAGUGCCUAGUCUGCGGGCACCAGUAUGGGCGUGGGGCUGGUAACCAACGGGGGGAGCCCGCCCGGGGGGGAGGUGGGGGUGAGCAGCAAUGUGGGGGGGAGCAGCCGUGCGGGUCGAUGGCGUGGCGCAGACAGGCGGAGCCGUUGCCUGGACACCCAGCGCAUGUGGGCUCUAUUGUGGUCACUUAUAAUUUCCAAUCAGGCGUACAAGGCGCGGGUCACCCGGCGCCGGGCGCUCCGUACUACGCUGUGGGCUUCCCGCGACACUCGCUGUUGCCGGACACACCGCUGGGACGGCAGGUGCUAGCCGGAUUACAAGGGGCCUGGGAGCGGCGGCUGCUGUUCACAGUGAGCGCGUCCCGCACGACCGGGCGCGAGCACGUGGUCUCGUGGCGCGUGCCCCCUCCCCCCGCCGGCCCGCAGCACUACCUGCCCCCGCACCGCCCGCAGCGCGCGCUGCUCGCCGCGCUGCAGCGCCUGCACGCGCUGCUGGAGCCCUAACUGAGCCUUAACUGUGUGAUGGAGCCCUAACUGAGCCUUAACUGUGUGAUGGAGCCCUAAAUGUGUAGUGAUGAAGCUCUAAAUGUGUAGUGAUGGAGCCUCAACGGUGUACUGACUGUGCCUUAAUUGUGUACUGACGUCUGACUGUGCCUUAAUUGUGUACUGACGUCUGACUGUGCCUUAACUGUGUACUGACGUCUGACUGUGCCUUAACUGUGUACUGACUGUGUCUUAACUGUGUACUGACUGUGCCUUAACUGUGUACUGACUGUGUCUUAACUGUGUACUGACGUCUGACUGUGCCUUAACUGUGUACUGACUGUGCCUUAACUGUGUACUGACGUCUGACUGUGCCUUAACUGUGUACUGACUGUGUCUUAACUGUGUACUGACUGUGCCUUAACUGUGUACUGACUGUGUCUUAACUGUGUACUGACGUCUGACUGUGCCUUAACUGUGUACUGACUGUGUACUGACUGUGCCUUAAUUGUACGUACUGACGGAGCCUUAACUGUGUACUAACGGAGCCCUGACUGUGUAAUGGAUCCCGAACUGUGAACUGUGUGCGCCCUAACCGCGUUAUAACUAUGACCUGACCGAGCUUUAAUAGCUCCCCUGCAGCGCUCCAACUGCGCCCUAUCCACAUCCAACUGCGUUUUGACGACGUCUUAACUGCGCCCUGACUGCGUCUUAAUAACACUCCCGUGACGCCCUAACCGCGCCCUUAUUAAAUCGAAUUUAAAUUUUUACGAACGAAACCGAUACCUUAUAAAUUCCGGUUAUGUACUUGCAAAUUACUAAAUUUCGAAAAAUUUACAACAAUUUUGAUGAAAAAAAAAUAAUUAUAUGUUGGUAGUUCAACAAAAUGUUACGUCAAACUACCCUCAUCACUAAAGUAUUAUAUAAAUACUUAUAUAAUAAAAACAUACAUCGAUAAUUAGUUAAGUUUUAAAAUGCCUAGUUUUUAGGAAGAACGAGUAUUUACUAUUUCUAUAUGUUUUUUCUAUUAACAAAAUAAUUGAUCUAUUUACUACUAAAUAAUUCUUAUAAUACGAUGUACAGUCAGCAUCAAAAGUAACUUAUAUAACUUUUAUUUACUUUAGAUUACGAAGAUUAGUAGAUAAGUUACUGCUCGAAUGAAAAUGAAUCUUAUUCAUUAUAUAAUUAAAGCUCAAUUUCAUAUAACACAUAUAUUGCAUAUUUUUUAUUAUAUAUUUUAGACAUAUUAUGUUUUUA